AGGUACAGACGAGCUAACAGACAGUGUUGAUGCAGGUUGGCAGAAACGAGGCAGUGGGCGAUCCUUUGACAGCCUCUCUGGUCAUUGCUCAAUGAUUGGAUCUCAGACAGGUAAAAUCAUUAAUUAUGAUAUACGAACAAAAUGCUGCAAAAUUUGUGAGAGUGCUACAAGAAGUGGAAAAGACCCCAAAGAUCACGACUGCCGAAAAAACUGGGAAGGAAGCUCUAAGGCGAUGGAAAAGGAUAUGGUAGCUAAAAUGGUCUCCAGAAAAAUGGAAGAAGGGGUGAACAUAACAAAUGUGGUUGCAGAUGAGGACACCACUACCUUUUGCCAUUUGAGAAACGUCCACAAAAACAUUACAAAGAUUAGUGAUAAAAACCAUAUAAGGAAAAUUUUCUCUUCAAAUUUGUAUGGUUUACAAUUAAAACACAGAUCACUGAGUACUAAAGUACUUCGGUACUUGGUAAAAUGUUUUAAUUACAUGAUAUCACAAAACAAAGGGAAUCCGGUGGGAGUACAGAGAGGGUUGGAAGCACUAAGCAGACACCCCUUUGGAGAUCACAGUGCUUGCAAUGAAUCUUGGUGUACCCGUAUCAGCAAUCCGAAACAUAAAUAUUCUGCUUUCCCAUAUGGGAAACCACUCAAGGACAGCCAUCUUCAAGAGUCCAUUCAACUUAUCUGCUCCAAGCUACUGAAGGACACUUCCAAACUUUCAAGAUCAGGAAGUACACGAGCAAAUGAAGCAUUCAACAAAUCUGUCUCCCUAAAAGCUCCUAAGAAUCAUCACUUUGGUGGAUCUGCAAGCCUCAGUUACAGAGUUGCAGCAAGUGUUGCAGAGAAAAAUGCAGGGCAGACAUAUCUGGUUGAGGUGAACAGAAGAGUUGGUCUCUCCCCAGGAAAACUCACAAGGAAAUUCUGCUAUUUGCGUGAUUCUCAAACAAGAAAGAGAAAAGCCAUCGCAAGAACAAAGAAUGCAAAGAGGAAAAGAAUGCAACUGAAAGCCAAGAAAUGCCAGACUACAGCAUGUAAAGAGAUAAGAGAGGGGCCUACAUAUGAGUCUGGAGUUGGAAUCUCUGAUUCCAAUACUGUAGUUGAUGAAAUUCCACCACCUUCAUCUGCACCACAACCACAGAGUUUGUCAACCAAAGACAAAAAUUUUGUCUUCUUUGACCUGGAAACAACAGGACUUGCAAGAACAUCACACAUUCUGCAGGUGGCUGCCAUUUGUGGGAAGGAGACAUUUUCUUCCUAUGUAAUGCCUAAGAAGCAAAUUACACCCUCUGCCUCCACAGUUACUGGCCUAAAGCUUGAUCAUGGAAUCCUCAAUCACCAGGAGAGGAAAGUCAAUGCUGUUUCAAUUUCAAGUGCACUUGGUUCUUUUUUAAGCUUUAUUGAGAAGCAAGGCAGUGUUAUUUUAGUUGGCCACAAUAUCAAAAGUUUUGAUGUUCAUGUUCUUUUUCAUGCUCUAGAUUCUUGCUCUCUGUUAGAUCGAAUGUCAAAAUGUGUACAAGGUUUUUUAGAUACCAAAUUUCUAUUCAAACUUGUCCAUCCCAAUUUGUGUUCAUAUAGACAGGAACAUUUAUCAGAAGUAUUGUUAAAUUGUACUUACAAUGCACAUGAUGCUGUAGAGGAUGUUUCAGCUUUACAAAGGUUAUUUGACACUGUUCAUUUUUGUGAUGAUGAACAUUAAUUCAUCCUCUACAUUUACAUUUCAGUAUGCUUUGAGUGUCCAUAACUACCAGAAAGUUGUAGAUAGAAACAUUCCAUCCUUAAAAUGUUUAAUUGAUAAAAAUGUUCUGAGUGUCAGAAUGGCAAGGAAGGUGGCAGGUAGUGGCCUAGACUUUGAUUGUCUCAGAUUAGCACAUUCUAGAAGUCCUGAUGGAAUUAAUAAU